UUGUAAUCGCUCUGCUCCACGCCCCUGCCCACUACCUAAGCAUUGGGAUAUGUAGGAAAUAUCCGUGGAGAGAUGGGCUGAAACUCCUUUCGGUUCAUCCUAAAAGAUCUCUCAAGCGACCGAUAGGAUUUCCGAAAGAACAUAAAUAUCAUACAGUGGAAUGAGCAGGCUGAGGUGGGGAGAUGCCUUACGUGGAUCGGCAGAACCGGAUCUGUGGCUUCCUGGACAUUGAGGAGAAUGAGAACAGUGGCAAGUUCCUCAGACGCUACUUUAUCCUGGACACCAAGGAGGGUAGCCUGGUGUGGUACAUGGACAACCCACAGAACCUGCCCAAAGGAGCUGAAAAUGUUGGCUCCCUCAAACUCACCUACAUCUCCAAGGUGAGUGAUGCCACAAAGCUGCGACCAAAGGCGGAGUUCUGCUUCGUCAUCAAUGCUGGUAUGAGGAAGUUCUACCUCCAGGCCAAUGAUCAGCAGGAUCUGGUAGAGUGGGUCAACGUGCUCAACAACGCCACCAAGAUCACAGUGCCAAAGUCGGGGGAUGGCCAGGCCAGUGCAGAGAUGACCCAGGAGGGGCUGGGUGCCACAAAGCAGAUCUCCUAUAAGACAGAGAUCAUAGGUGGAGUACCCAUCAUUACUGCCACACAGGAGCAGGGCGACGGGGGGCAGAACGGAGCAGAGCGUGGGGGCCAGCGGAAGGCCCACAGCCAGCUGCCCUACUUCCUGGGGCGAGGGGCGCAGGACCAGGCGCUCAUCAAGGCUGGAUACUGUGUGAAGCAGGGAGCCGUGAUGAAGAACUGGAAGAGGAGAUACUUCUUACUGGAGGAGAACGCAGUCAGCUACUUUAAGUCAGACCUGGAGAGGGAGCCUCUGCGUGUGAUCCCGCUGAAAGAGGUUCACAAAGUUCAGGAGUGCAAACAGAGUGACUUAAUGCAGAGGGACAAUCUAUUUGAAGUCGUCACAAGCUCAAGGACCUUCUACAUGCAGUCGGACAGUCCAGAGGAGAUGCACAGCUGGAUCAAGGCCAUCUCAGGAGCCAUUGUGGCCCAGCGGGGACCAGGACGCUCAGCUGCCUCUAUGCGUCAGGCCCGUCGGCUGUCGAACCCUUGUAUACAGAGGUAUACAUUCCGCAAUGGUGAAUGCAGCACGAGCACAGCGACCACUCUACCACCAGCAUCCCUUCCAGCUUCUACUGCAGCAGCAACCACGGGGGACCACCCGCCCCUCGCUCGCCAGUCCAGGCAGAGCCACCCUACCCCCAGCCCCAGGGGGGCCCGGGCCCUUACCUGGGACAGCCAGGACUUCAUGGGCCUGCUGCCCUGGCGAGGCCACCCGGGGGCACCACCCCGCUCCCGCCUCUCCCUCCAGGAGACCCCCCGCCUGUCCAAGUGAGCGCCUCGUCCCUGUACCACACCAACGCCGACCGGGAGGACCUGUCGCCAUGGAGACGGCGCAGCGAAGUAGAGGGCGACCAACCGGAAAUCUCCACCCUCAGCUUCGAGGACUCAGACCUGCAUGUCAGCCAGGUGUGAGCCUCUAGUCUAACUCCUGACCUUUGACCCCUAACCCCUGCCUCAUAGGACACCGCAAGCUCUCACCCAUAACCCCACUCCCCUAUUCCCUCCACCACCUGACCUUCACUCCCCAUGCACAGAACCUGCUCAUUGGAUGUGGAUGCAGGUGGAUUCAUACUGACACAAAGCGGACUGGACAGUUAUCACCAACGACAAUUGGAAAGCCAAUCAGAAGUUACCAAAAAAUGGAGCUGAACCAAUCAGAACCGACCUGGCCCUCAGGAAGACGGGAAGUGGUCCCUGGUUGUGAUUGGUGAUCGUCUACUCUACCCCUGUAUCGAGAGCUUCUCUUAACACAGCCAAUGGUGUGAUGUGUCAGGGCAAGGAGACCUCGUCAGGUGUUUGGUUUUAGUUCAGUGUCUUUCGUUGUUGAUAUUUCUGUUGGGUGUUGCUCUUUCUCUUUCGUUGUUGAUAUUUCUGUUGGGUGUUGCUCUUUCUCUCUUGUUGGCAUUGUGUGGUAUGAUUCAAUAACAUCAUUCCCUGUCCAUUGGCUAAAGAGGAUACUGAUUUGACUUCCUCUGCUGAGAAACUCACUGCUCACGUUUCUCCACCUUCUCCUCCUCCUCCCUGACAUCACGUGAUUUACUGUUAUCAGGGUUGUUGGGCCUCAUUUAAAGAGGCGCUAGAUGUUAUUUUUAUUGACAGUUAUGUAAACUAAAAAUGUGUUAACUGUCGACAAUGAGACAACCCCACUCAUACACACAAUGGUUUAAAUUUGUAUGUACUUUUAAGAUGUUAAAUAUAUUUGAUUUUAAGCAGACCAUUUAGUUUUUAUCCAAAGCAUGCCGUUAUGGAAGCACCCGAUGAAAUAUGGAACCAGAAUCUUAAAAAUAACCUGUCGAAAUUCCAUGCGCCAUUCUUGCUUUCAGGUGUUUUUUGGAGUGAGUGGGUCUUGUGUAUAUUUAUGUUUUCAGUAAUCCUUUAGAAAUGCUCUGAGUCCUUAUGUUCUAAUGAAAGUUACACCUGUUGUGUUCGUUCAGACUCUCUCUUUCUCUCUCAAUCAGUCAUACACACACACACACACACACACACACACACACACACACACACACACACACACACACACACACACACACACACACACACACACACACACACACACACACACACACACACACACACACACACACACUGUCACACCUAUGUGUUUUGCCAAAUGUAAGUCCUGAACUGUAAUGUUAUGUGCCUGUCAACGUGAGCAUGCAUUUGUAUAGUUACUUCUCCCUCAGGAGGACAGAUAUGCACAGUUACAGUACAUUUAUAGGCCUGUGGGUAGGGCCUUUUAACUGGCACUUUGUGGAUACAAUUUGGGCAGAUAGUCUGCCCACUACACUUGAUCUGUUUUAUGGGUGUUUCUUCAACAUCCUCUUCUCUUUUCUACUGUAUGAGUACUGUACUACUUUUCUCAAUGCUGUGACGGUUUGUUUGUGUGUCUGUGGGGGAGACAUAGGGUACCUGCAUUGCCAAUAUGGUGGAAGACGGGAGGAGGGUUUGACCUUUGGCCUCAGCUGUGUGCUCUUCCUGUUUUUACUGUGUUGCGCAACUCUUACUGUAACAGCUGCUAAAGUGCCUGCGUUCUUUCUAUAGAGGAAAAAAAACAACAAGAAGCUAUUUUAACCCUUUUAAUUGUGUACCUGAUGUUCUUAAAUCGUGUGCAUUAUUUAUUAAGUGGAGUUUGAAAAUAAAUCAAUGGAUUCAA